UUCAUGGGUAAAACAUUUCACUUCACUAUUGGUCCGUGCGUCGUCCGUGCGUCUUCCGUGCGGUUGUUCGUUUUUCCUUGGCAUUUUCCUGUGCUAGAUUUUAUUUUCCUCGAGAAGAAGUGGCUGAUCACAGGAAGUGUUGGGAGCCGCUGAGUGGAUACGUGUCUGAAUCUCUGAGUAUAGAAAAAAAACUGUUCUAAGCUGCGACGGGUCAAAUAUUGUCUCGAUGGACGUGUGUGGAAAAUUAAAUGGUAUUACGACACUUGAAGGGGUUCAACGAAAUCGAGAACGUGUGUGUGUGUAGAAGAGUGGUGCUAUAAUUUGCCGAGAAUCCUGCUUCCUUCCGGAAUUGAAAAUCUAGAAGCCACUGUGUCUGGUAACGUGGAGUGUGAAAAAAAGUGAUUUGAAACCACAAUUCUAGCGAGAAGCAUCGAAAGCAAGGAAGAAAGUUUCUCACCUUUUUUGGGUUUUAUCUUUUAUAGCUAUUUGUGGUGGUGAAAAAAACGACGACCCGCUGUGAAUUCAGGAUUCUUGUCGCUCCGUAGGGUUCACAAGUGAAACAAAGGAAAAGGCACAAACUGCAGUUUCUUAUCGUUCGCAAUUGCAGUUGAAAACAGAACAAGGAUCGGAGAAAAAUACAUUAUAUUAUGUGGUGAACAAAAAAAAAAACCGGAAUCGUACAUGUAACAAAGUUUAUAUUCGACUUAUGUGUUAUAGUGGAAAAAAUCAAGGGUAAAAGAAACAAAGAUAUAUCUUUUGUGAGAUACAUGGAUAUUGUGCAUUGUUUUUUGUGUCGUCGACAUUUUUUACUGCAUCGGAGGACUUCUCAUGUGGCAUGCGAUAGGAUAAAGAUAAAAAACUUUCGACAAGAGCAACGAUACGGUUGAAGAAUUUUUCUUCGAUAUCACAAGCCACAUCCCCAUCAAGGCUGAUUUGAAAACGUGAACGAGAAACGCUGUUAGUAGGAACAAAGAUGUGCGUUUAGAAAUCGUACGACGAGGAAGAGAGCAUAUUUAUGUGGUGAGAAGCAAAAAAUAAACGAUAUUUGCGUUACGUUUCAUGUGUUGAUCCGUGAAGUGAAUGCAGAAUAGGUUUGAUAUUUUCCGUGCGAGUGAAAAUUCACAGUGAACGAGGACAAAGGAAGAAAAAACGUGGAAGGGUGCAUGUGGUGAAUACAAGCGAUUUUAAGUGAUUUGCCGAACGCAACUUUUAAUUUGCUGCCAAGAGACGAUCAGAGGAAGGGACUUUUCCGGUGAGCACGAGUCGGAGGACCGAUAUUGAGAGCGACCAGCCAGCAAUACAAUUGGAUUAGUUCCAGGUGAUAAAUGUGAGCUUGUCUCUUCGUAUGGCCUCUGUAGACAUUGGGAUAUUGUAAUAAUUUCGCAUGGUAUGCUUCUGGAUAUUUACGCACAGGUUGCAGGGAUAACGUGCAAGAGAUGUCCUAAUAUGGGGUUUUCGUGCGAAAACACGCAUCAUCGCACGCCAGUCUCGGAGCAAAGUUGGAUCGAAACAAUCUGCAGUGACCAACCGAAAGCACCGCCACCACAUUACAGAAGCUGUUCCAAACGAAAAGUCAACAUUCGGAACGAAUACACGCCACUAACCAGUGAACACCAGUUUGGCGGCGAGACCACACCAGCAACGAAAGCAUCCAGACACAUCCUUCACUAUCCAUUCAAUCUUUUCCAUCCGUUCCACUCGUCCUCUCUACAGUACACAACGAUCAUUCUAGAUAAGCUCUCACAAUUUAUCACCAAAUAUGUAGCAGCGAAGAGUGGCUCGAUUCUGAAAGCCACACCAUCCUGCUGCAACUUAAAUACACAUCCGUUAUCGCUGGCUGGUACUCCUGUACGGCUGCAUUCCUGCGAGAUCGGAAGUAAUCCAUUUCCAGUGAGGCCUUCCCAGCCCGAUGCAACUGAAAACCAGAAGCCUUCGCCAUUCCCGCAUACAUACUUGAGCAAAGCUGCAUCGGAAGACUGCUCCUCAGCAUCGUCACCACUAUCAUCGUCAUUCUGUGAUCCUUCGAUUACUCCGGUUGCAUACGUUGGCGGCAGCACAGCCACCACAACCGGUUGCACCAUACAGCAACCUUCUUCCCCACUGUUACCCUCUGAAUCGCGCUCAUCAGCAUUAUUAUUAUUAUCGCCACCAUCACUCGACGCAUCAACAUUGCCUUCUUCGUCUCACCGCAUUUCCAAUAGGCAAUUACCUCACCCAGCAGCAGCUUCGCAUCCCCACCAAUCGACUUCAAAUUCAACUUCUUCGGUGACGACGACGACGACGACGAUCAAACCCGCUAGUAGUCAUUAUCUCGUAAGACAUUCACUUUGUUUAUAUGCAGCAUCUAGCGUUAUAUUAGCAUUAUGUUAUCUAACAAUACCAACAGUUGCCUCAGAAACACCACAUACUAUGCGAGGAAAAACUCGAUUCACCGAGGGAAAGUCAGACAAAGAAAUUUUAGAUCACCUUCUGAAAGGUUCGCGAUAUGACAAAAGAUUGCUACCACCGGUUGACGAUGCGGAUUUCUGCUGCGGUAUGCAAAACCCGGAAAUGGCAAAACAUAUGCCCGAUACGCGUGUUCCAGGACGUCCCCAGAAUCGCGGUUCUCUGACUGUAAAUGUUAGUGUUCUAUUGUUAAGCUUAGCAUCGCCAGAUGAAUCCAGUUUGAAAUACGAGGUUGAAUUUUUACUCCAACAACAAUGGUAUGAUCCGAGGCUGCGAUAUGCAGACCAAUCACAGUAUGAAUUUUUAAACGCCAUUCAUCACCACGAGGAUAUCUGGCUACCGGAUACGUACUUCAUAAUGCACGGAGACUUCAAGGAUCCGAUCAUACCAAUGCACUUUGCGCUGCGGAUAUACCGCAACGGUACGAUCAACUAUCUAAUGAGGCGACACCUCAUCCUCUCCUGUCAAGGUAGACUGAAUAUUUUCCCAUUCGAUGAUCCGCUGUGUUCAUUCGCGUUAGAAAGCAUAUCGUACGAGCAGUCGGCAAUAAGGUACGUCUGGAAAAACGACGAGGACACUCUGCGUAAGAGUCCUUCGUUGACAACCCUAAACGCGUACUUGAUACAAAACCAAACAAUAACCUGCCCCAUCAAGGCGAGCUGGAGAGCUGAAGGACAAUCGUUGUCAGAAGAAGACGAAGAGUUUCUUUGUAAUUUAUGUCAGAGGCGAUUUGAGGAGCAAGGAAAUUACAGUUGUCUGAAAGUGGAUUUAAUAUUUACAAGAGAUCGAGCGUUUUAUUUCACGACCGUAUUCAUACCCGGCAUAAUACUGGUGACGUCGUCAUUCAUCACCUUCUGGCUGGAGUGGAACGCAGUGCCGGCCAGAUCAAUGAUAGGCGUCACAACAAUGCUGAAUUUUUUCACCACCUCCAACGGUUUCCGCAGCACACUACCGGUGGUGUCGAAUCUGACGGCCAUGAACGUGUGGGAUGGCGUCUGCAUGUGCUUCAUCUACGCCUCCCUGCUGGAGUUUGUCUGCGUCAAUUACGUCGGCCGGAAGCGACCGCUGCACAAUGUUGUAUAUAGGCCAGGAGAGAAUCCAGUCACACAGCGUCUUCCAGCUGUCCUAAACAGGAUCGGAAUAAUACUCGCGAGUCCCCUGACAUCAAGAAUAUUCUCGGAGACUAUCGAAAAUGAGUUCCACAUGGCAAUCGCUGCUGAGAAAUCGAAAACUGCAGCCACCCAACCGGGUGCUGCGAUUUCCGCUUCGCCAGCUACUUCCUCUAGCGCUGACGCUACUCCCGACUCAGCUGCUGCUGCUCCUUAUCAGCACCCUGUUGCUACCGUAGCCGACACUAUCGCUUCAAUUGCCGAAUCAGAAAGUUUCAACGGAAACGAUCGGACACCGCAAUCACUGCUAUCGACCGCUACGCCUUCCUCGUCCAGACCGACCAGCGUUCUGAUGGAGGAAGGUAUCGGCGUUGACAUUGCCACGGCUGAUGCACCCAAGACCAGACCGCGUACUCUGCGACAGGCGACCGUAGAGACGAAAGUCAAUGAAAUUGGCGUGAUGGAAACGAGCUUUGGUGUGAAGAAACGGGAAUCCGGCGGACCAAACGAGAUAGUCGCAUGUACCAGCUGUGCGGGCGGCACAAGCCCGUGUACCCACUCAGCAAACAAUGGCUGUGCUACCGAAACCUGCUUUGUCCAGGUGCGGAAAAAGGAGCCACCCCAUCCGAUCCGGGUCGCGAAAACAAUCGACGUUAUCGCUCGGAUCACCUUCCCGUCAGCGUAUGCCGUCUUUCUUAUAUUUUUCUUCAUCCACUAUAAAGGAUUCUCCUAGAAUACAAUCCACAAGCAUCUGCUUCACAAGAUCUACACAAACAAUCUGCUGUAGCGCCAACUCUGCUAGAUGGGAAUGGUGCUGGUGCUCCACAGUUUCUGUUCCUCGAUUCGGGUGUUUUUUUUCCUGCUGCAUUUUAACGCUGUCUGAUAGCUCAUCACAUUCAUCAAUCGGUGCAGCGGAACACGAAUGCGCAAUCCGUAGGGUGAUAGUUUUUAUACACAUUUUGCAAAGGCAAAAAACAGCUUUCAAUAAAUCACACAAACAAAAGCCUAUUGAUGGUGGAUUAGAGCAAGUGAAAAAGCUUACAAACGAUGUUAGAAUCGAUUGGUAGUAGAGACUACAUGUAAAAAGUGAAUGAGUAAUGGAACGAGAAACAACAAAAACAAAUACUGCCUUUUAGUAAAAAAAAAACAUCAGCAAAAAGAAGAAACAAAUCAAAAAAUAAAACUGAUCAUUUUGAAUGCUGUAUCGACAAACAAAUAGUUAGAGAUUUGUGAAAUGAAUGUAAAUACAGAAUCAGUUUGCAACGUUUAAAUUUUGAAGUAUAGUGGAAUCGAUUAGUUACCAUUCAUUAUUUGGGCGAACCAUUUUUCCUUUGUCAAUGCAAACAUACAUAACCCCACAAAAGCAUACAUUGUACGCCAUUAGAAAUGACGGCGUCAGCUAGCCUUCGAGCAACCAACCUUCAAUUCACAAUGAACUAGAAUCUAACAAAAUGAUGGACAAACUAAACACGCCAAGCCAAUAACAAGAUUUUUUGCAAUCAAAUAGUGUGGUAAGUGAGCGGUAAGAAAUAAAGUGAAAAAACAGCAAUAUUAUUUGAAUAAAAACUAAACAAAUAUUGGAUAUUUAUAUGAUCAAAAACGAUUCAAUGAUAUAGUAUAAGUAAGGGAAAACAAUCUAGUCAGAUAAGCACAGGAGCAAACCAUUAUAUACUCUUGGAGGCGAAGGCAAGAACAAUUGAUAAAAAAAAAACUGUGUUUUAUAUCGAUUUUCUAUGAAAUCUGAAUGUAAAACGCUCUUAUUCUACAACCAAAGAAUUAGACAAAAACCCAUAAACACGAUAUAGAUGUAAGGACACAGAAUCUAAAAUUAUAAAUAACCACAUCGUGCAAAUCUACCGUACCGUGGUAAUGUAGCGAAAACGCGGAAAACCAAAGAAAGGCUUGUAAAGGUUCACAGAAUUACAUCAAAAUCAUGCUAUCGCACAAUUAGUUCACAAUCAACUAAAACCGAAAUAAACAAACAACGAGGGAACACACGGUUCCCUCGAACCCGGAACAGAUGAAACAUAAAUACACACGGAACGCAUAAGUCAGAACUGCAGGUUUAUAGUUGGAAGGUCUGUCCUUUGACAAUUACGCACUGAAAGAUUUAUAUAAUAGCUUAAAAACAUUUUCUAUUUUUUUUACUAUAAAUUGUUCAAUCAUUGUGCUGUUUCGCUCUCGUUAGGUUUGCGCACCCUGCACACUUCACUCAGGACUUUGACAAUGUCGAACUUGCUUCUCCGAUAUCUGCUACCUUCUUACUUAUUUCACAUCCCAAUUAUUAAUCAAUGGUUCAUCCAUUUUCAGUUCAUACUCACAGAUUAGACCUUAUUCGAAACAAGAAUGAUUUCUUCUCGUGAAUUAUCGAUUUUUAUAUCCUUAUUCUAUUAUUAAGGUCUCAAUUCCAGGAACACCAGUUCAUUUAUCAGGAGACUAUAACUAUAGCAAACCAAAGAACGCUUUUGUAGCAUCUUUUCGAAACAUUCGAAACUGUAACUGUCAUAAUUCUGUACUAUAAUGCAAAACAAAUACAUUUCUUUUCCACAAUCGACAUUGUCCGAGUGACUUAGAAUCAAUCCAAAGUCCAAAAGCAACUAACAAUUACGAAAAAAAACAAUCCUGCGUCACCAAAGAUAUUUAAGAAAUUUUUCGAAUGCAUACAAAUAUUUUCGUAUUUAAAUACAGAGCAAGAAAAAAAUAUUUUAUCGUGUUUAGCUAGAAUAUAUAGGGUAUUGUUUAUGGGAGAAAAAUACUGUAUUUUCAUACGCUUUUCGAUUGUCCAAGAACAAUGGUUUAUUGACACUUUUUUAAAAUACCUGCAAUCAACGUUGGACCAAUUUAUGAUUAUCUACUACUUAAUUGCACAUUGAGGUCUGCUUUUACUUACUACGAAAAGUUUCUGUAAAAGUGUGUCAUAGUGCUACAUUUUUAUGUAAAACACUUUUGAGUAUACAAACAUUGAAAUUUGUUCAAAUCUUUCAGUAUCCCUUUUUGUAAACCUAUUUUUCUGAUCAAAUGAUCAUGCCGAUUGAUUACAAAAAAAAAGUAUAGUCGGCGUAUUUAAAAUGAAUGGAUUCGUUAUUGUUACAACAGGUCAUAAGAUUAGCAGACGAAGGGUAUUUGAAGCAAAGCACAUCUGCAAAAAAAGAAAGAUGGAAUGAAAAAUUGUGAUUUAUGUGCCCAUAGCAGUUAUUAUAUUUAUACAAAGUGAUAGAACAACUGAAAACACUACUACUGCUACACGUACUACUAUUACUACUACGACUACUAGAGAAUACUACUACGCAAAGUACAGCAAAAAAUGUGCUACUCAAGUGCUUAGUUUUGUCAUUUUACAUAUCAAAAAUAUCGGAGAAGAAACAGCGUGGCGCGGCGCUGCGUUGUCUCGCGCCGAUGACGAUACAACAAUUUGGUACAUCUAGAAACACUAGUUAGGGGACUAUUAUGAUGUUUCAGUUUCGCUUUUGCUUUACCAAAUACUCGUUAAGUUUGUGUCAUGUGUUUGAUUGAACGUUUACCCGUACCGUAUAACAAUGGGUACCUCUUUUGGCUGUUAAUAACGUUAAGUUAUAUACCAGUCUAGCAAAACAAUAUUCUAAAGUGUUGAACGUUAUUCUAAAUCAAGUUAUGAUAUUCACAUUUGAUAUUUUACAUUAAUCGAUCAAAAAAACAAAAAGACAUGAUUAUAUGUUAUUUUUAUGGUAGCCACUAGAAUCAAACAAUUCCAACUAAGAAUAUCAGAUAAUUGUUUUGGUUAACUUUCGUUGUAGCUUGUAAGUCGUUGUCGAAUGAAUAGUCGAUCAGUUCGAACGUCAAACGAUGCCUACGGUUGAUUAUCUGAUGAUGGAUUACCUCCACAACACUAGCAAUUCCAUAAUUAUUUUCCUCAACCAUCUUCAAUUAAAUCUGUGCUUUACAUUCUACACACCCAAAAAAACACAAUUGAGUGAAGUCUGUCAACUAAUCGUUCAAUGUAAAAAGGAAAUGAAAUUUAAAAUAAUUAAACAAAAAAAAAAGAUACAGCUCAGCUAAGAUUGUGAUUUAGUAAACAAGAAAACUACACCGUAAACUAAGCAUACAAAAUAAAAUAGCCGAUUGUAAAGUUUAUAAAUGAAGCAUAUUUGUUACCGAGAGGAAAAUUUCUGAGCAGAAAUAUUGAGGCAAAUCGAAAGUGCGAUGCCCAAAACAUAGGGAAAAACUCUCUAAAGUAGUAAAGCGCCGUUUUAUAGUAUCAACCAGAGGUACAGAAAACAUCAGACGAAAAAUUACAAACAAAAUUAAACACACACACACACACAUUGUAAUUAAACCUUUACUCGUAUAUUUGCUAUCCUUGGAAUAAACAAAAACCAACACAGAUAGUCACUUAUCUGGGCAUAAGUGACACUAAAAAGAAUAAUAAUGUUCGAACAAUAUGGGUAAUAAGUAAGUAAGAGUCGUUUCACUGCAAGUUUAUUUGUAGGAAAGCCAAUAAACACUCUUCGAAACCGCAAAGCCGCAAGUGAAAUAUAGCAAAGCAGUGCUACUAGUUAAAACUAGUUGAAAAAAAAACAACUUACAAAUCAGCAAGAAAAAUACAACCUACACAUUCACGAUGUUUAUUUUCAACUCAGCUACUUUAUAUGAAUAUCAGAGUUAAAUAUUAGAAGGGUAUGUGUUUUUAAUUUAGAUCGACUGUAACACUGAAAACUAGUAAAAUGCGUAAACAGUCAUAAAACUACACUUCUUCGUCCAUCAAUUGCUUUUCGGCAGUUGAAGAAAACGGUAGUAACUUGAUAGUUUCUAGAUGAAAGCACAGAAGGUAUAAGAAGAUGUCGCGAAAGAAUAUCAUUAUUUAUUUUCCAAUAAACCAUUUUCAAUUAAAGUA